UGAUUAUUAACAUAAUGAUUUUUAAUGUCAUAACCACAUUAAGUCCUGCACAUUUAUCUGCAGCCAUAACAACUGACGGGUGGAUGUGAAUAUAGGUCACACAUAUCACUUGCACAUUACACGUAAAAGAACAGCCCAGGAAACAAAAUGGAGAAGGCAAUGGCCUGUCUCAUUUGUAAAGUUACAGCCACAACUACUGCCGGCCUGUUUGCCGGUAGUGGAUUGGGAAGUAAUUUUACGGCGAUGCCAGCUAUGAUGAAGAUUCAGGAUACGUCUGCAUUACGUGUUGGAUGGAAGCACCAUUUUCUACUUGGGAAGACAUACAUGGGUCGCUGUGCUCAGCUUAGUUUCCUAGCAGGGUGUUCAGCCUGUUACCUUGACCCCACGGACACAAAAUAUUACUGGCUUGCUGGUGCUACGUGCAUGUUCUUCAUAUUCCCAUACACAGCAUUAGUCAUGUUUUCCGACAUCCAGAAACUAUUGAAGGAUGAUGUCAUAGCAACAAGAGGCGUUGACUGGGUCCGGACUAGCAUCAAUACAUGGGACAAACGACAUUUUAGACGCAGCAUGGCGGCAUCAAUUGGCUUCGGAAUCUUCCUGUACGCUCUGUACAACAGAAAAUAAUUUUAGCUCGCGGGGUAUUUUUUUUUUUUUUUUUUGUAUUAAUACAUUUUUCAACGAAUGAUAUUAGGUGUUUAUAGAAAAAACAUUUUAGUGUCUGUUACCUAUGUAGUUUUUGAUAUAAAAGCAUAUCAAUUGAAAAAACAACGACAAAUAUGAUGAAAAUGUGUAGAUUUGUAUGCUUUGGAGUCUCUUGAAAAAUUAAAGGAGAAUAAGACCAAAAGCCAACGU